CGCGCGCACAUGCGCAUGCUUGCGGAAAUAGCUUGCUGUGAAUGUGCUGCGGAACGCGGCAGAACGCGGAACUUGCAUGAACCGCUCGGACUCCACGUUGCCUCGCAGCUCCUGGCGUUUUCUCUCUCUGCACAACAAUUGGCGGCAUUCGGCUUUCAAGUCACAGGUGUUUUAACAAACUGCAAAAUGGAACAAGAGAAGAGCAAGAAGAAGGACAAGAAGAAAUCGAUCGGCGAGCUGCAGUUGACGACCAAGUGCGAGCUCGAACCCUCCAACGUGGAGGUGAAGCUCGAAUGUAAGGACUGGCCUCUGCUGUUUAAGAACUUUGACAAGAUGCUGACGCGCACGAAGCACUUUACUCCGCUGACGAGCGGCUCCACCCCGCUGAAUCGCAGCUUGUCGGAGUACGUAAAGUCGGGCUGCAUCAAUCUGGACAAGCCGUGCAAUCCGUCGUCGCACGAGGUAGUGGCUUGGAUAAAGAGGAUCCUGAGAGUGGAGAAGACCGGCCACUCCGGCACGUUGGAUCCCAAGGUGUCGGGAUGCCUGAUAGUCUGCAUAGACAGGGCGACGAGGCUGGCCAAGUCUCAGCAGUCCGCCGGGAAGGAAUACGUGGCCGUGUUUAAGCUGCAUUCCGCCCCGGAAAGUGUUCAGAAGGUGCAACAAGCCUUGGAGAAAUUGCGCGGUGCUCUCUUUCAAAGGCCGCCGCUGAUAUCGGCGGUCAAGAGACAGCUUCGCGUCAGAACAGUAUACGACAGUUGGUUCCUCGAUUACGACCAGGAACGAAAUAUGGGAGUAUUUCGCGUCAGUUGCGAGGCCGGCUCCUAUAUCAGAACUAUGUGUGUCCAUCUUGGGCUCUUCCUAGGUACCGGUUGUCACAUGCAAGAGCUACGUAGAAGCCGGUCCGGCGUCAUGUCCGAGCAAGACGGUAUGGUCACUAUGCAGGAUAUUCUCGACGCUCAGUGGCUCUACGACAAUCACGGGGACGAGACGUAUCUGAGAAGGGUUAUAAGGCCGUUGGAAUCGCUGCUACUGAGUCACAAGAGAAUCAUCAUAAAGGACAGCGCCGUAAACGCAAUUUGUUACGGAGCUAAAAUAAUGUUACCGGGCGUCUUGAUGUACGACCAAGGGAUAGAGUUGAAUCAGGAAAUUGUGAUCGUGACUACCAAGGGCGAAGCUGUAGCACUUGCCGUAGCUUUGAUGUCCUCGCCGACCAUGGCUGCCUGUGAUCAUGGAGUAGUUGCAAAACUCAAAAGGGUUAUUAUGGAGAGAGAUUCGUAUCCGAGGAAGUGGGGCUUGGGACCUAAAGCGUCGCAGAAGAAACGUAUGAUAGUUGAAGGACUGUUAGAUAAGCAUGGAAAACCAAAUGAAAAUACACCUGCUGAAUGGCUACAGAGUUACAAAGACUACCAAAAUCUAGCUGCGUCAUUAACGACAACAGAAUCAACGACGGAAAAGAAUGGCGACUUAGUCACCGGUAAGAAAAGAAAGAGAGAAGAAGACGAGAGUGCAAUGGAUGUAACAGUGAAACAGGAAGCGCCGGAGAAUGUAGAAACAUCAUCACCGAAAGAUAAAAAGAAGAAAAAAGAAAAGAAGAAAAAGAAGGAGAAACACGAUACGGAAGGCGAAGAGUCCGUUGUGAUAAAAGAGGAAGAUGCCAGUGGGGAAUCUACGGGAAAGGAAGAGAAAAAGAAGAAGAAAAAGAAAAAGAAGGAGAAAGAUCGGGAAUCUAUGUCGAGUUAGACUGAUGAUUUAAUAAAAAGAAAAUAUUUUUAGACUAAACUGUUACAUAAAGUGUACAGUUAUUUUUUUAACGAAUUAUGUAUUAUUCUUAGAUUAUAUUAAAAGAAUGUUCCAAUUUUAUAUAUAUUAUACAAUAUUUUUUGACUUUACGAAAGUUUGUAUUCCGAGAAUAAUCUGAAAAAGGAAUACAAAAUAUCUGCGACAUUCUUUAACUUUUCCUAAUGUUUCGCUCGUGUGUUGCCACUCAUGUCUUUUCUUUCAGAUCAUUUCUUGUCUGGUGCAUAUGUCGGACUUUAAACUGGUAUUCUAGUUUAUAUUUUGAAUUUGUUUCCGUAAGAAUAAGUUGCAAGAAUUUAUACUGUACAUAUAUCGUUUUUUUAUCAUGAAAGCGCGUCAUGAAAAGAAUCAUGUAUAUUUUAUAGUACUAAUGCAUUUUUUAUGUUUCUUCCACAAUGAAUUUGUAGGAUUAUUAUGAAUAUAAAUGAUGAUAUAGAUUAUAGAUUGUAUUCACAUAUAUGUCAGUAUCAAUAAUAAUUAAUUAUAAAUGUCUUA